GCGGAAAAAUGUUUGUAAGAGGGGCCCUUCGAUAAGCACUGUUGGGCUCCCAAUGGACCAGGAAGACUUUAUUAUGGUUGCAGCUCCCAGCAUUCCUGAGCGUUCUCUUCUGCGUUCGAUUGACUCGGAAGCUAUAGCUACAAGGCUUUGUCAAUCGAUUUCAGAGGAGUGUCUCUGUAUCAUAUCGGGCAUACAGUAAGACUCGAUCCCGAUCUCAUCCCAUCAUCAUGCACUACACGACCUUGCCUCUCCUUCUCCUGCUCAGCAGCCAAAUAUCCGCGGAGAAUGUGCUGGGAGUCUACAUCCUCAGCCGACAUGGCGACCGUACCGCAAAGUCCACGCCACCAGCAAACUUGACGGAUCUGGGUUAUCAAGAAGUCUACACAUCCGGCUCCUACUACCGCAGCCGGUACAUCAGCAGCGAUGCAACCCGCCGUAUCCAUGGCAUGAACAGCGACCUUGUCAAGCAGUCGCAAAUCACAGCCUCUGCACCCACCGACACUGUCCUGCAGAACUCGGCCAUGGGUUUCCUCCAAGGGCUGUACCCUCCAGUUGGCGAGUCGCUUGGAAGCAACACCCUUCGUAACGGCACGGUCGUCCAAUCACCACUGAAUGGCUACCAAUUGAUCCCUCUCGAGACCGUCACCACCGGCACCAACAGCGAGAACUCGGCCUGGCUGCAAGGCUCAACCAACUGCGCCAACGCUCAACUCAGCUCGAACAGCUACUUCACCAGCGCCCAAUACCUCGCGACCCUCGACCGCACACGGUCCUUCUACGAGGGUGUCUCACCCAUGAUCAACCGCACCUUCACCGCCAAGCAGACCAGCUUCAAGAACGCCUACACCAUCUUCGACCUGCUGAACGUCGCCUCGAUCCACAACUCGUCCGACAACUUCCCCAAUGCCGACCUCUUGACUACCGAGACAUUCUUCCAACUGCGCACGCUGGCCGACCAGCACGAAUUCGGUUUGGCGUACAACGAAUCCGAGCCCAUCCGCGCCGUGACCGGGUCCAUUAUCGCGGCACAAGUCGUCGACGCUCUCAACGGCACCAUAGCCGGCAAGGGCAAGAACAAGCUCAACAUCCAGUUCGGCGCGUACGCCGGCAUGAUGUCCUACUUCGGCCUGGCCAACCUCACAUCCGCCAGCAGCGACUUCUACGGCGUGGCAGACUACGCCUCCACCCUGGUCUGGGAACUCGUGACCAACUCCAGCGUGUCGAGCACCUCAUUCCCGACCACCGACGAGAUAAGCGUGCGCUUCUACUUCCACAACGGCACGACCAGCAACACCAGCGAGCCCACCGAAUUCCCCGUGUUCGGUGGCACCCAGUCGCCACUGCCUUGGUCGGAUUUCGUCGCGGGCAUGGACAAGUUCGCCAUCUACUCGCAGAAGGACUGGUGCAAGGCCUGCGGUAACUCGACCGGCCAGUGCAGCGCAGCCGCGCUCGGCGAGGAUGACAGCUCAUCUCCUGGAUCCUCGAGCUCCAGCAACAGCUCCGGUAGCGGAAGCGGUGGCAUUUCCAAGGCUGUUGCAGGCGUGAUCGGCGCCAUGGUCACACUUGGUGUCAUUCUCGGCUUGGAACUGCUCAUCAUGCUGGUUGGCGGGUUGAGAGUUGUCAGCAAGAAGCGUCUCGCCGGUGCUGGCGCUGCUCAGCAAGGUACAUCAACGGGCGCGGCAACGAAGGCUUAAAUGGGAAUGAAUAUCUACACGAAGUUAAAAGCCCGUGGGGGUUAUGUGAAGUGACUCAAUGGGGAAAAUAUACGUUGCUUGGCUCAAUAGUGAUAUCUUCUUGAUAGAUGCAGACGAGAGACCGGAAUAUGUGACGACGAGACUAAGGUAGUUACGUCUCGCUCGGUGGUGUAGCUACGACAUAGUGUAUCUAAAUUAGAAACAUAUGUCCUCCGUGCAGAAAAUU